AUAAACAUAAUAACAAAAUAUUGAACAAGUUGUCCAAAAAUGUUCUGUCAAAAAGGAUCACAAAUAGAUCACCAUAUAGAUUAAACAACUCAAAAGAGCUGUGAAUAACUCAAACUUCAAUUCCAAUAAAAUGAAGUUAUCAUAAAACCCCUUCCCAGUUUAGGUGAAUAAAGAAAUGGUAUGUAUAAUUGAAUAUUGGUGUGCAUGAAUCUCAUACUCCCAUUAUCUCUUUCUUUCCCUCUUAAAGAUGCAUUAUUAUUUUUCUCCUAUGGCAAAUUAAAUACUGAAUUUUAAACUCAAGCUAGUAUCAGUGUUGGUUGGUUCUAUAUAAGUUUUGGCUUAUUAUCUUUUCCAAGGCUUUGGUGAAAUCAGAUUGACUUCAGUGAAUAUUGAGGUGGCCUUUUAGAGAGAAAACAAUGAAUAAAGGAGGAAGUGGGCCUACAGCAGCUCAGAAGCAGAAGACUUUGAUGCAAAGAGUUGAAACUGAUAUUGCCAAUAUUGUUGACAAUUUUAGCCAACUUGUCAAUGCUGCCAGGGUGAAUGAUCCACCCGUUAGAAAUUCGCAAGAGGCUUUCAUGAUGGAGAUGCGUGCAUUUAGGAUGGUUCAAGCUGCUGAUUCUUUACUUAAGUUGGUCUCUGAGUUAAAGCAAACUGCAAUAUUCUCAGGAUUUGCCUCUCUUAAUGACUAUGUAGAACGGAGAACAAAUGAGUUUAAUCAACCUGCAGAGAAAACAGACCGAAUUAUGCUAGAAUUGGAGAAGAGGCAGCGGCUAGUCUCAAGGAGCUCGAAGCACAUUAUUAUUCUUCUGCCCAGAGAAGCUAAAUUUCGGCAUUAUGAGUUAGUGACAUGGGAAAUGUAGGAGCGUAUAUUACUUUAGCUUUAUGAUAUAUUUGUGGAAAUAGAAGCUGGUUUUCAAAUUAA